GUUGGCCGGCGUCUAACGGACCGAAGCUCGUGCUGCCCUCAGGCACAGCCGGCGCUGACCUUAGAGGCUCCUCAGAUUCGGUCCGCACCCGCGGUGCCCCUUGGGCGGCACUGAGGUGUGGAACUGUGCCUAUCUCCGCGGGUUCGCUGAUUCUUCAGGUAUUCAUUUAUUCAUCAACACACCAUUUAUUGACUGCUGUGUAACAGGAACAGUUCUAGAUGCUUCAGGUAUAGCACUGAACAAAAGAGAAACACUCUGCUGUCAUGGUACUUACAUUGUCGUGGUCCAGAUAAUAAAUGAGCUUUGCCUUUUCAAGCCCUGUCUAUUACCAGAAAGAGGAAAUGACUGAAUCCCAGGGAACAGUGACAUUCAAAGAUGUGGCUAUUGACUUCACCCAGGAAGAGUGGCAGCAGUUGGAUCCUGCUCAGAGGAACCUGUACCGGAAUGUGAUGCUAGAAAACUAUAACAACUUAAUCACAGUGGGCUGUCCAUUCACCAAACCUGAUGUGAUUUUCAAGUUGGAGCAAGAAGAGGAGCCUUGGGUGGUGGAGGAAGAAGUGUUAAGGAGACACUAUCCAGGAGAAAUGUGGGGGAUUGAGCAUCAGAAAAUCCAGGACAGACUUUUGACACAAUUUGAAGAUAAAUACACAAAAACACUGACUGAAGAAAAAGUCAAUGAAUGUCAUAAGAAAUUUGCAAAUGCAUUUCCUCUUAACUUGGACUUUUUUCCUUCCAGUCACAAUCUCUAUGAAUAUGACUUGUUUGGAAAUUGUUUAGAACAUAAUAAUUUUGACUGUCAUCAUAAUAGAAUCCUUAUAAGAAAGGAACAUUCUGAAUUUAGUGAACCUAUGAAAUCAUUUUGCAUUAAUCCAUCCCAUCUUGCAGUAACUCCCUUUAAGUGUAAUCAUUGUGGGAAAGGAUUCAGUCAAACUUUGGACCUCAUCAGACACCUGAGAAUUCAUACUGGAGAGAAACCUUAUGAAUGUAAAAAGUGUAGCAAAGCUUUCAGCCACAAGGAAAAACUCAUUAAACAUCAUAAAAUUCAUAGUAGGGAGCAGUCUUAUGAUUGUAACGAAUGUGGGAAAGCUUUCAUUAAAAUGUCAAAUCUCAUUAGACAUCAAAGAAUCCAUACUGGGGAGAAACCCUAUGCAUGUAAGGAAUGUGGGAAAUCGUUCAGCCAGAAAUCAAAUCUCAUUGAUCAUGAAAAAAUUCAUACUGGAGAGAAACCAUAUGAAUGUAAUGAGUGUGGGAAAGCAUUCAGCCAGAAGCAAAGCCUCACUGCACAUCAGAAAGUUCAUACUGGGGAGAAACCUUAUGCAUGUAAUGAAUGUGGUAAAGCCUUCCCUCGAAUUGCAUCCCUUGCACUUCAUAUGAGAAGUCACACAGGAGAAAAACCUUACAAAUGUGAUAAAUGUGGAAAAGCCUUCUCUCAGUUUUCUAUGCUUAUUAUACAUGUAAGAAUUCAUACAGGUGAGAAACCCUAUGAAUGUAAUGAAUGUGGAAAAUCCUUCUCUCAAAGUUCAGCCCUUACUGUACAUAUGAGAAGUCAUACUGGUGAAAAACCUUAUGAAUGUAAAGAAUGUAGAAAAGCCUUCAGCCACAAGAAAAACUUCAUUACACACCAGAAGAUUCAUACUAGAGAGAAACCUUAUGAAUGUAAUGAAUGUGGGAAAGCUUUCAUUCAGAUGUCAAAUCUUGUUAGACACCAGAGAAUUCACACUGGAGAAAAACCCUACAUAUGUAAGGAAUGUGGCAAAGCCUUUAGCCAGAAAUCAAAUCUCAUUGCCCAUGAAAAAAUUCAUUCUGGAGAGAAACCCUAUGAAUGUAAUGAAUGUGGUAAAGCCUUCAGUCAAAAACAAAACUUUAUUACACAUCAGAAAGUUCACACUGGAGAGAAGCCUUAUGAUUGUAAUGAAUGUGGUAAAGCCUUUUCUCAAAUUGCAUCUCUUACUCUUCAUCUGAGAAGUCACACCGGAGAAAAGCCUUAUGAAUGUGAUAAAUGUGGGAAAGCCUUCUCUCAGUGUUCACUACUCAAUUUACAUAUGAGAAGUCAUACUGGUGAGAAGCCCUAUGUAUGUAAUGAAUGUGGAAAAGCUUUCUCUCAAAGAACUUCUCUUAUUGUGCACAUGAGAGGUCAUACAGGUGAGAAACCCUAUGAAUGUAAUAAAUGUGGAAAAGCCUUCUCCCAAAGCUCAUCCCUUACUAUACAUAUACGAGGUCACACAGGUGAGAAACCCUUUGACUGUAGUAAAUGUGGAAAAGCCUUCUCUCAAAUCUCAUCUCUUACACUUCAUAUGAGAAAACAUACAGGUGAGAAGCCUUAUCAUUGUAAUGAGUGUGGUAAGGCUUUUAGCCAAAAGUCACACCUUGUUAGACACCAGAGAAUUCAUACUCAGUAGAAAUAGAAACACUAUGAAUAUUGUGAAGAUGGAAAAGCCUUCAGAAUUAGCAUCUCCUUUCACAUUACAUAACUGAUUUUAGAGCAGAAAACUAUGAAUGUGGAAAGCCUUUUGAAGAAGUCACACAAUUGUGAAACAUGAGUUUCACAGCGUGACAAAUUGUGUAACAAAUAAGUUGAACAUCAAAAACCUUGGUAGACCUCUGUUGAUAUUUAUUCAGGAUUCUUAUUAAAAUAUGAAACAAGAUGGCUGCUACAAGCAUAUCAGCAUUACAGUUGCUCUCCUUUUGUAGCCAGUACGUUAAGCAAGAAAAAGAAGAUUUGGGGGGAAGGAAGAAACUAUAAAAAUAUCCUCCUAUACAGGAAAUAGUUAAUUGGAUAAUGUGUUGAUAUAAAAUGUAUAAGGAUAACAACAGCAAUUACAAGACACACAUAUAUAUAAAGUUACAAAAAACAUUUUGAAGAACAUAAAGUAGGACCUGAAAUUCUGAGAAAAAUAACACUGAAAACACAUUUUCAAAAAUAUAAAUUCACAAAUCUUUAAGGUACUUCCAUUCUAAGUUUUCACUAAAUUUUAAGAAUUUCACAAACUGAUUUAAAAUUUUGUAUGAGAACAUAAAGGACCACAAAGAGCUGAAACAAGUGAAAAACAAGAGAAAACACAGUCUACCAGAUAGCAUCACAUAUUUAAAGCUGGUAUCUAAACAAUGUGUUCUUGCUAAAUAAAUGAAUCAGUGGAAACAAAACAAGGAUUGAAGAAAGGAGAUAAGGAAAUUUUUUGUACGGUAUUGCUAUUGAAAAGUCAUUGGAGAAAGAAUGGCCUAUUCAAUAAACAGAAGAUGCAUUUGCAGUCAAAUGCUCUACCACUGAGCUAUACCCCCUCUCAGAAGAUGCAUUUGAACAAAAAAUGACAGUUGUCUACUUUAUACUAUAUAUAAAAAUAAAAUCCAGAUCGACUGAAGACUAGAAUAUAAAAAGCAAAAUUCUAAAACUCUGAUGAAAAUGAAAUAGAUUUAUUACUUUAGAGUAACUGGAUCACUCUAAAAACACAUAAAUAUGAAAUAGUCAUUUCUAUUUUGGUGUAUUGCACACAGAUACGGGCACGAAGAUACACAUCUAUGUUCAUCGUGGUUUGUAUUACACUAAAUUGGACAUAACAGAUUCUCAUUAGUAGAAGGAUAGAUUAAUACCAUGUAAUUAUUGUUAUGAUAGAAUACAGUAUUUAGAGAGAAGGUACAAAUUUGACAUAUAGUACCUAGAUCACAAUAUAAAUAUUGAGAGGAAAAAAAAAGCAAAAUGUACAAUGAAAAGAUGUAACAUUUGUAUAAGUUUAAUAAAAUAAUGCAAAGAACA